CUUUCAACAUGGCAACUAUCCAGAACUUUGUGCCUUCGCGGCUCGACCCCUUUGCAAACGACCAGAGCGAGGACGCGCCUGGCGGCAACUACAUUCACAUCCGCAUCCAGCAGCGUAACGGCCGCAAGACACUGACCACUGUCCAAGGCGUUGGCGAGGAGUUUGACAAGAAGAAGUUGGUCAAGGCGUUUAAGAAGGAGUUUGCCUGCAACGGCACCAUUGUCGAGCAUCCCGAGUACGGCGAAGUCAUCCAACUUCAAGGCGAUCAGCGUAACAGCAUUUGCGAAUUCCUUGUCAAGUUUGAUCUUGCCAAGAAGGAGCAGCUCAAGGUCCACGGUUUCUAAAGUCCGAGCCCUUGUCUUCUCUUUUGUCUUCUUUUGUGUUUUUUCGGUUGUUUUGGAUGUGUGUUGUGCUGCUACUUUUGACAGACACUUGAUGUCUAACCCUCCAUGCUCUACAGCUGCUGGUGGUUUGGUUUUUGCACGGCCACCGCGAUCACCCCCUUUUGUGUGAUUUGCCGGGUGAGAAAUCCAAGCUGUGAAUUUUUUUUUAUUUUUUUUUUUACGAUUUUUGACAAAAUGUUCGAGGUCGUACAAAACGACAAAAACAAAACAAAAAUAAACAAGUUGAAAGUU